ACAGUGUUAUAAAUUGCUCUCUGGGUAGAUUUGGUUUAAUAGUUUUUUAGCUUCGAACAAGGACACAUUAUUUUGAUCAGAAUGCGUUUGUCAGUGGUGAUAGUUUGUGUUUUCAUCUUCGCAUGCGUAGACGCAAGAGUUGGCCAAUAUUCCCCGGAACAGUUAAAAAACAACCCAAAACUAAAAUGGUCGAAGAUCGUCAGACACACGAGGGACUUGAAUGGCCUUGAAUGGGACGGACAGUUCCAGGGUGAAGAUAUCUUCAGCAGCACCAACCAAGAACUUCUUGAGGCCAGAGGCUACAAUCAGCACGUCUUCGACAACCACGCACAGUUGGAUGGCCAAGAGUACGUCCCUCGCUCUCUGUGGGCGGACGACUUCGGCGGGCUAACGGAUCUGCUGCAAACAUAAAUUGCUUAAAAAUAAAAUUACUUAUAGUAAA